AUGAGGAAAAAGGUCGUAAGACUAUAUGGUGGUAAAGAGGAAGAAGAAGACCAAUGGUACGACGCAAGGGAGAACUUUAGCGAUGAGGACGAACAGUGGUACGACGUCAAUCCUGAAGAGGACCUAAAACCCAUCCUAACCAAGCGUGGUAUAAAAAAGAAGGCAAAGAAGUAUGUCAUCAAUCCUAACGGAUCGUACGAUCCGGCUCACUUCCUCAAUAUCACAAGGGACGAGGUUGAGGCGCUCGUAAAUUCUGGAACAGAACCGAGGAACGUAAGCAUGUCCCUAGCAUGCGAGAUG